AGUGUGAGAUGUGGAUGUUGCGGAGAACACUGGAGAAAAUGGCAACAUUCAAAGUUCUGAAACUGUUUUUAUCAACUCUGUCGCUUUUCGUCUGUUUUCCGAUAUUGAUACAAGGUGAGGUUGUUCAUAUCACAGUGCUGACCUUAGGAUACACCAAUGUAGAUACAUAUAGCCUUGUGGAGUAUCAAUGUUACCCCAGUGUACCAGAUACAGACGCUUUACUAUCAUUUGGUCGAUCAGCACCCAUAACAACAGACAGGUCACCACCAGACGAGGUGGAACAUCCAGAUUCUAGAAAUGCAUUCAUCAGACGGGUCAUAUUCCCUACAGGAGAUGGAUGGGAUAGAGAUGGUUUCGGUCCGUUCUACUGUGAGGCUUCUAAACCUGAUCGAGAUGUUACAAGGGUUACUACAUUUUUCCAACGAAAUAAUAAUCAGUAA